GACCUUCCACGCUGUGGCCAUGGAGAAAGCCUUGCUGCCCCUGACUGUAACAUCUGACCCCAGGCCCUUUAACCAACAGCUCCCUGAGCCUCCAGACCCGAGAUGUGUCUUGGAACCCCAGGACAGCCUGGAACUGACCCCCGCCCUGGUGUGCGCCCUUUCUUGCUGUUUUGGGAUCAUCUAUGGCUGCUUUGGCUACCGAUGCUUCAAGGCGGUGAUGUUUCUCUCCGGUCUGCUGUCAGGAGCUCUGGUGAUCUUCCUGCUGUGCCAUAAGGAGCGGGUGCUGGAGACACAGCUGAGCCUGGAAGUGAGCGCGGGCAUCGCGCUGGGCAUUGGACUCCUCUGCGGCCUGGUCACCAUGUUGGUUCGCAGUGUUGGGCUCUUUCUGACUGGUCUCCUGCUAGGUCUGACCCUGGGCGCUGGCGCCUUACUGGGCACUGAAGCCGUCUACCAGCCACACUCAGCCUGGGUGCCAGUCGGUGGGCUGAUGGGCCUGGCGCUGCUAGGAGCCCUGCUCACACUUCGAUGGCCACGUCCGUUCACGGUCCUCGGCACCGCGCUGCUAGGGGCUGCGGUGCUGGUGGCCUGCGCUGACUACUUUGUGGAAGGACUGGCGCUGGGCACUCGGCUGGGUGAACGCCUGCAGGCGCUUCCAGAGUUGCUCCCUCUUUGCUGGUAUAGCUGGGUCUUACUGGGGACCUGGCCAGUCUUGGGGGCUCUUGGGACACUAGCCCAGUGGAAACUCAUGGCUGAGGAAUGCGGGAACCAUACCAAUGUGGUCUUGAGCGGCCGGCGAAGGCAUCUCCAGCUCCUUCAGACCCAUCAUCGGCAAGAGGCCAAGUGGCAUCGGAAGCCUUCUCGGGUGGCACUGUGUGAAGGCAGCUGUGGGAGUCAGCUUCCCCACCGUAUCCGGAGCCCUGCUCGGCGUGCAGCUCCAAGUUGUCUCCAGAGUCUUCCUGAGUGUCAGCUGGGCCCAAGCACCCGGGCUCCCGGUCCCCACACUAUCCUGGACCUGGAUUCUGACUGCAGCUCCACUGUCCUCCUUACCACACCUUCUCGCCCCGACCAGACCUGAGCCUAGCCCUGCAGAGACACUGAUCCCCUAGUGAGGGCAGGAGAUUGCUGUGUGGACAGGGCCUGAGCCCACAGCACCCACACAGAUCUCCCUACCCUUGGACUUGGUUCUCUGCCCAGACCAAGCCUUUUAGAGACUGACAGAGAAGAGUGAGAGUACAAACACCUACCUCUGUCCAGAAGUAGAGGUGCCCUAGUCC